AUGGCACAUAAAAAUCCUUAUCAAAGAGUUGGUAGUGUACCAGAACCGGACCCAGCAAACAUUAGUAACAUUAGUAAUAAUGACGACAACAAUAAAAAUCAUCAAGAACGAGUAGUUCAAUUUUCAUCAUCAUCAACAACAGUGACGACACCAGAACUGAAGCAAAAUAUUGAUGAGGUGAAUACUCAAAGUGUUAUUUUUCCCCAUUCUUCUUAUUCUCCAAUGACCACCACUGCAACUAUGGUAUCCUCCGACCAACAAUCACACACUUCAACUUCACCCAUACUGUACGAAGAGCCAAUGCCAUCAAUAUCACCAUCGCCAAUACCAUCAACCGAUAGUAACCAAGUAGCACCGUAUGAAAAUUUGCCACCACCACCAAACUAUCAAAAUCUAGGCCAAGGUUCAGAUGUUAAGCAACCAAUUCCUACAUCACACUCAUCUUCUCAUCUUCCUCCUCAUAGUGCUGUUAUCGAAAUGGGAACAGUGGGAGCAAUCCGUGAUGAUGAGGCAAUAAAAGUUGCUAAUUCUUUACAGUCUGAUAGAUCAGUUAGAAUGG